AUGAAGUCACUUGCUUUUAUUGGGACACUGGCUUUCAGCUGGCUUGCUCUCGUCCAAGGCAAAGUGCCACCGCCCGAUUCAGACGGAAAGUACACAAUCCAAGCUCCAGGCAUCAAGGCUUCUUUCAUCCCAUACUCAGCGGCUGUCACCAACUUGUUCGUCCCAGACCGCAACGGAACGCAAAGAGAUAUCGUACUGGGCUAUGACACCGCAGUGGAGUAUGCAGAAGACAAGAUCCAUCCAAACUACGGCGCCAUUCCCGGCCGAUAUGCCAAUCGAAUUGCCAAUGCGACGUAUGAGCUUGAUGGCGUGCGAUACUACACGGAGCGAAACAACCAGCCAAACAGUACCAUGCACAGCGGCACGAAUGGCUGGUCGUACCGAGUGUGGAACGUCACCAAUGUCUGCCACGACAGCAUAACAUUCUCUCUCCGUGACGAGCCCUUCUCAUCGAAAGGCAUGCCUGGCUUGGUCCUGGGCAGAGUGACGUACACUUUGAAGCCAAACACGUGGAUCAUCAGUAUCGAAGGUGAAGCCAAGACGCACCGCACUCCGCUCAUGCUCACGAAUCAUGCUUACUGGCAACUGGAUGCUUUUGCGAACCCUUUCAACGAUACCGUCCUGAACCACACCUUCAGCAUGCCCUUCAGCAAACGCCAACUGGCCUACGAUUCUGUCGCCGAAGUCAACGGCACAAUCCUGGAAAUUCCCAAAUAUGGCAUCAACGACUUUUGGUCCUCGCCGAAACAAGUCGGCGCCAAUGCGAGCGCCGCAGGCUGGAUUGGUAAUUGCGGGCCAGGAUUUGGGGGCUACGACUGUGCUGUGACCAUCGACCACGAUCAUCUCGACCCAAAGAAGCCUCAAGUCUACUCUGAGCCCGUCGCCAGCCUUCGCAGCGAGUGGUCGGGCAUCCAAUGGGACAUGUACAGCAACCAAGCUGGGUUCGCAUUCACGUCUUGCGGCUUCUUUCCGAAAGACGUGUUGCCGAUAAAGAAAACUCAGGGUGGGCCGGACUCGGCGAAUGAUGGGUUUGUGCCUACGUAUGGCUGUUUGGCUGUUGAGCCGCAGGACUGGACAAGUGGAAUUGAUCAUCCGCAAUGGGGUCGUUUGCCGUAUCAGAUCUAUGGACCGGGAGAUGGGGUGUAUCGCAAUGAGAUUGUGUACAAGUUUAGCGCGUCGUGA